AUGCAUUCGUCUACAUUCGGUUCCGCUGGAAACAGGAAAAGGGGUGCUCGCACGGAAUUCACCGUCGGUGAAGAGGAGGACACCACCCACCCUGAACAAAGGGCGAAAUAA